UUCCUUAUUAUUUUCCCCAUUCCUUCUCUUCCUCCCUUCUUCCGGCAAAACCUCUCCCCUUGCGUGACUGCUGCUUUCUUCAUUGCCAAACAGUUAUCUCUCUCGCCACGAGAAAACCGAAAGAAAAAAUAAAAUAUUUUAACAACUUGAGAAAACAGACAGUUUUUUUGGUUGACGACCUGAUUGAGCUUUCUCUCAGGUUUGCUUAAGAAUCUAUGUUUGUCUUAUGAUCUCAGUCCCGUUAAUCUCUUCCACCUUGAUUUUGAUUUCAAUUGUGUACGGGAAUUCGAUUCUAGGUUACUUCGUUCGUCGGCUGUUGACGUCUGGUUUUGACGUGGUUUGCUUGGCGGUGACAGAGAGGUUAAGAUUGUUUCGUUGGGAGGUAAUUUGGGAAGGCAUUGUAAUUGUUUCGUUCCAUGAUUGAUCGUUAGCUCUAUAUUAUCGUAAUUGCUAGUGUUGUGCAUAAUGGUUAUCCAUUAGAUUGAUAUUUGGAUAGAGAUGGGCUCGUGCGAGGAUCCUAGCGAGGUCUUGCACGAGGCCGCUCUCGGGCAGGAUACAUCAACGGGCUUUGUGCAGAGUCACGACUCUGAGCUGCCGUCCUGCAUGAGAGCUGGUCUUGAAUUGACUGGGAUUAGUGCAGCCCCUCCUGAGAUGCAGAAUGGGUUUGGAGAGCUGUGGUGCGAUGACACUGCUGGUGGUGUGAGCUAUGACUACACGGAGGGGGAGGCUGCCGAGAAUAGAGAUUGCCCUGUUGGUGAAUGUGCCAACGUGGCUGUUCCGAUUCUUGAGAAACUGCUGGAUGAUGAGCGUGGGGCUAGUAGUGGUUGUCUGAAUGAGGGUCAAAUUGAAAUCGGUAAUUGUUGUUCAAAAAAGGAAUAUAUGGAAAAUGUUGUGGUACAGAGUAAGGAUGGGCUGGUAAUAUCAAUAGAGACUGAUGAAACAUCUGCGACUCACUUGAAGAGAAACUGUGUUCCCGCGAAGAAGCAGAAGGAUGAUAAUGGCGUCGAAGGCCCAUCCUCAAAAGGGCUUGUGGAAGAGAAAGGUGAUAGUUUAGCUGUGAUAGAGUCUAAUACUAGAGAUCAUGUCUCAGCCUACUGUGAAAUGCCUGUGGAACGUCAAUCUAUGGCUGGCCCAAGCCAUUGCCCUGAACAGGAUUGUCAGGAGGAUGAUAAGCUUGUCAGUUGUAUUUUUACUAAAAUGAUUCCGAAGGUGAUAGAAGAAGAACAUGAGGCUUUAGUUGGAUCUGAGACACUUAGUUGUAACCAAUCAGUGCCUCCAGAGGGUUGUGAAAUGCCCUCAGAGUCCGAAUCAAUGUUUGCUGCUUAUUCUCCAAAACAACAUAUUCAAUUGGAUGAGCACAAGUGUUCUCCAUAUGUGGAAGGGUAUAUAAGGGUAAGUGAGGAGAGAAGUGGUGUUCUGAUUGGUGCUGAUUCUCUUUCUUUCAAGCCAAUAUUGCCUUUGGAGGGUGCUGAAGUCUCAACAACUUGUUUGGCAACAAAAAACAUUCAACAGGGUGAGCAAAAGGAUGAUAACAGUAUUGAUUGUCCCUUUGUGGAAGGGGCUAUGGAGGUAAAGGAAGUGAUGAUUUUCAAUGACCAAAUAUUGCCUUCACACAGCUGCGAAACACAAUCAGAAUCAUUGCCUGUGACUUUUUUGUUGAAGAAUUGUGAUGAAGAAAAUGUGUUAGACACCCGGACUUUCCGUGGUCUCGAAAGUAACAUUGAUACGUCAUAUCAGAUCGAAGCUCAUAGUUGCGACCACCAGAUAUCUCUUCCUGAGCGUGAUGACAUGCCUAUAAAGUCAUUAGCAGGUGAUUUAGAAAGUAGUGGCUGGCAUGGUAAUCAGAGAAGCGAGACAGGUGAUAGUGACCCGUAUACUGAGAUUUCUACAGAAGGUGUGGAAAUUGAAAACUCUGCUGAAACAUGUGUUCAAGUUUUGAGUCCAAAGUAUGAGCAAAGCGAUGGUAAGCAAGUUGCUGGUCCCUCUGCAGAGAGCAAUUCAGUGCUUUUGGAAGAGAAAAAUGAUUCUAAGGCUGAUAUAAAGAUUGAACUUUGCUCCCAGUUAUUAUCUAUUGAACAAAACGCCUGUAAUUCAUGGAAAGGUUUCUCUGGAAUGGCUACCAAUGGUUUAUUGGAGAGACCAACUUCUCCACAGUUAACUGGCUGCCCUGGUGCUUUUGAGCAUAGUUCCUUUACGAGUUUGGAUGUGAAGGAUUGUUUAAGGAGGAGCAUGCUUGAUCCCAUUGAUUCUGUUUCUGCUGUUGACAGUUCUGGACCAGAAGAUAACAAAGAAAUAAAUAUUGUCAAAGUUGAUCAGGCUUCUGAAAUCAAAAUUUCUGAAAAUGUAUCUUCAUGUUUCCCAAGGAUAAACCGAACGAGGAAAUCAAGCCAGAAGUCUAAGGGGAAAAGAGCUGCAAAGAAACAUAGAGAAGCAGCCAAAGUGCAUCAUAAACAUGAAAUUCUUGAAUAUAUCCUGAAUUCUCCCAAAAGAAAGAGAAGCCAUUUUUCUAGAUUGGCUCGUUGUGCUCUUUGGGGAUCAAUGGAGAACAUUACACAACUUUUUAAGAAAAGCAAUGGGCUUGGGCUUGAUUAUGUUCUGAAUCAAGAGUCAUUAAAAUCUUUAGGCGUGCGAGGAAGUGAGAAGCAGAACAAGAGUGGGGAAGGCAGAAGCUCUAGAAGAUCAAGCAGAAAGUCUAGUGCUUCAACCAGUGUUUUACGUUUGAAGGUCAAGGUGGGAAGUGAGUAUUGUCAAAGUAAUCUGAAAAGUGUGAUUCCGGAGGUACUGGAUCCCUCAGCUUCUGCUGGGGCUAACAUUAAUAAUUUUGGAAGUGACUGCUGUCUGGGAGGCGGCAUUGAACUUUCAAAAUCAGCCAAUGGUAUUAAAGAUGAAUGGGGAGAGGAGGUGGCUGAAAAGCAGCUCUUCUCUGUUGACAAGUAUCUAGAGAAUGCCAAACCAGAAUCAGAUGUGGAUUCCCAUGGAGUAAAUAGCGAGUGUACUUUCGUCCCUGACAAGUUAGAUAGAGAUGAUGCAAAUAUUGGGUUUGCCUCCCAUAUGGUGGUUGAAGCAUUGGGAGAAACAAUUGAGCAUACCUAUGCCGAUCCUGGAACUUCGCCAGAUUCAGAAGUUACUAUUAUUGUUCCGGAUGCUGAAGUCAUCACAAAACAAGAUGAGUUGAAUGGUUCUUCUUACUGUGGAGCUGUUGCCCGCAAUAAGAAAGGAAAGAAGAAAGGCAAUCUGCCUUAUGUUGGUGCAGAUAUCAUAAAGACGGCUAAACCAUUAAAAAAGGGUGGAAGCAAGCAGAAAUUGGGAGAUCACUUGUCCCCUAGUGAAAGUCUUACUUCAUCCACCAUAGGGACUGCUUCAAGUAUUUCAUCAAGCAGUAGAGAUAUGGAGCUUUUAUCCUUACCUAGAGAGACUGAACUGGAAGUCCCCAUAGAGAAUUUGGAAGUCAAAAUUGGUGUGGAAGAUGAAAAGUGCUUCGACCUAGAUGGACACCUCGGGUUAUCAGAAUCAGAAAAUUCUCAAAAUAUGCUUUAUUCAGGUAAUUCUGAAAGAGUUCAACCUGCUAAAAGUUCAAAACCUGGAGGAUUGAGGAAGGAAAGAUCCAAGGUAUCUGAUCCAGUGAAAAGCAGGAAAGGAAGUGCUUCUUGUAAGAGGGGAAGCAAACAGAAGUCGGUUAAUAAGGGCAAGGUUAAGGAGAAGACGACACAUGAUCACAUGACCAACAGAGUGGAAGGUUACCCUGAAUCAGGAAAGCAUAUAUCAGAUGCAAUUGGCGGCAAGAAUGUUGUGUCCAUAAAUAAUUUGGACAUGGCAUCAGGUAGUGUAAUUGAGCGGAGUUUGCCUGUGGAAAGUGCUUGGGUACGCUGUGAUGAUUGUCAUAAAUGGCGGCGCGUGUCAGAUGCCCUUGUAAAUUCCAUUGAUGAAAGUAGUCCAUGGUUCUGCAAGGACAACAUGGAUAAAGCAUUUGCUGAUUGCUCCAUCCCUCAAGAGAAGUCAAAUGCAGCUAUUAAUGCUGAGUUGGGCAUAUCAGAUGCUGAUGAAGAUGUUUAUGACAGCCUUUUGAAUCAGAAGGGGUCAGAAUACGAACAUAUAACAGUUUCGCAAGAAUCAUCUUUCAAACGUAUUGAUGCUAAUGAGUUUCUGCACCGCAGCCGUAAAAGUCAAACUAUUGACGAGAUAAUGGUUUGCCAUUGCAAACCUCCUAAAGAUGGCUGGUUGGGUUGUGGAGAUCAAUGCUUGAACAGGAUGCUUAACAUUGAAUGUGUUAAAGGCACCUGUCCUUGUGGGGACAUUUGCUCAAAUCAACAGUUCCAAAAACGGCAAUAUGCUGGCAUGAAGUGGGUUCGAUGCGGGAAGAAGGGUUUUGGGCUGCAAUUGCAACAGGAUAUAUCCAAAGGGCAGUUUCUCAUAGAAUAUGUUGGAGAGGUGCUUGAUUUGCAUGCUUAUGAAGCACGGCAAAGGGAGUAUGCUGCUAAGGGGCAUAAGCAUUUCUACUUCAUGACGUUGAAUGGCAGUGAGGUAAUAGAUGCAUGUGCAAAAGGAAAUUUGGGACGCUUCAUAAACCAUAGUUGUGAUCCUAAUUGCCGAACUGAAAAGUGGAUGGUGAAUGGAGAAAUUUGUAUUGGACUUUUUGCAUUAAGGGAUAUUAAGAAGGGAGAAGAGGUGACAUUUGACUACAAUUACGUAAGGGUGUUUGGGGCUGCUGUCAAAAAAUGUUAUUGUGGCUCACCUCCGUGCCGGGGUUAUAUAGGUGGUGAUCCACAUAAUGCUGAAGUAAUUGUUCAAGGUGAUUCAGAUGAAGAAUUCCCGGAACCUGUGAUGCUUGAAGAUGGGAAAACUGGAGUACACUUGAAACAUAUAAGUCGCAGAACCAAUUCCUUUGACAAUGAAGACAUGAAAUCUGUUGAGGUACCUGUUUUAAGAUCGGAAAUGACAACAGAAAUUGGAGAUGCAAUCAAUCUUUCUGCGUCUGCCACUUCUCAACCUCAUAGUUCUCUGGAACUGGAGGCCUCUAAAAGAAAAUCUCCGUGUUCUAGUCAACCAGUAGAACGCUCCCCACAGACAGAUUCGGCUAGUAAAUCUACAUCUCAUGUCGAGGAAGCUACCCCACCAGAGAACACUUUCUGUUCUGUCCAUGUGCUGGAGAAAUCAUUUUCUGUUGACGUUGAUGCAAGUAGGAAGUCAAAAUCUGAAACUGUUAAAGUAAAGCGGGUUUUCUCAAAAUCACGGUUCUUAGUCAAAACUUCACAUUCACGUGGUUCUCUAAAAAAAGGGAAAGUUAAUGGUAAUCUAGCAAAUGAGAACAAGGUUCAGAUGAUUGCCAACAAACCUCAGGUGCUGUCUGUCAGACCCAAAAAGUUGAUGGAAGGUUCUUCUGACGGCCGUUUUGAAGCAGUUGAGGAGAAGCUUAAUGAGUUGUUGGAUGCCAAUGGUGGGGUAAGCAAGCGGAAGGAGGCACCUAAAGGCUACUUGAAGCUCUUGCUCCUCACGGCAGCUUCUGGUGGUAAUGGCAAUGGAGAAGCUAUUCAGAGCAAUCGAGAUCUUUCAAUGAUCCUUGAUGCACUUCUAAAGACAAAAUCACGAGUUGUCCUGGUUGAUAUGAUUAACAAGAAUGGUUUGCGGAUGCUCCACAACAUAAUGAAGCAGUAUCGAAGGGACUUCAAGAAGAUCCCAAUUCUCCGGAAACUUUUGAAGGUUUUGGAGUAUUUGGCAACGAGGGAGAUACUUACUUAUGAUCAUAUAAAUGGAGGCCCUCCUUGUCCCGGAAUGGAGAGCUUUAGGGAGUCUAUGCUGUCAUUGACAGAACAUGAUGACAAACAGGUUCAUCAAAUUGCACGGCACUUUCGUGAUAGAUGGAUCCCAAAAUUUGUCAGAAAAGCCAACUGCUUGGAUAGGGAUGAUGGAGGGAUGGAAUUUCAUAGAGGUUCAAGCUGUGGUAGAGUUUCAGUAUCACAUACUCACCGGCAUGAUGAUGCUGUUAGAUCUACCAAAACAAUCGACAGUGUCAUGCAAUCAGUGCCUGUCACGACUUCAGUGUAUGGCACUGUUCAAGAUGGUUCCUCUACGGCUUCUGCUGGUGGUUGCAAGACCAAUUGUGCAAAGACUCGGAAGCGUAAAAGUCGAUGGGAUCAGCCAGUAGAGCCGAAUUUGAGAUCUAGCAUCUCUCCAAACAAAGGAGAAGUGGAUCAUUUAGAGGAGGUAAGCAGAGAAGAUGGCAGCUGCCUUGAAUAUGUUCACAGUCAGUGUCAACAAAAUGAAGCUAUCUGUGCUGCCAAUGGAGGAGGGAUAAACUUUCCCGAGGAUGUCCCUCCUGGUUUCUCAUCUCCCCUUAAUGCCACCCUGGUUUCAUCAGCUACUUCAAUAACUCCACAAAGAGUUGGCCGCUUAAGCUGCCCUUUAGAGGUGGUUGUUGGGCAUUCACAAGGUAAAUUCAUAUCCCGCUUGCCCGUGUCAUAUGGAAUUCCAUUGCCUAUUGUGCAGCAGAUUGGCUCGCGAGACAAUGAGACUCUGGAAAGGUGGGUUAUUGCUCCUGGAAUGCCUUUCCGUCCUUUUCCUCCUUUACCUCCGUAUCCCCGCGAUACAAAAAGUACUCCACAUUGUGCGGUUAAGUCUAUGGCAACUAAUGAACAAGCACAAGAAGUGCAGAAGGACAGACUUGAUAAUACCAGUUGUUAUCCACGUGAAAACAAUCAUAGUACAAUUUCUCCUCGCCAACCCGAGGUGAACUUUCAAGUUGCAAACGUCCUGCAGACAUGUAAACGAGCUAGGGGAUCCUCGUAUGAUUUGGGCAAGAAGUAUUACGGGCAGCAAAAUUGGAAUAAAGUGCCCCCAUGGGUUCGAAGAAGUAUGGAGUGGGGAUAUGGGGGUAACAAUUUAAGAGGUGGAGACGUAGGAAACAUGACACAUGAGUCCAGAAGUCCAUAUUGUACACAGGAUGUAAACCAUGGAGUGGAGAAAGCUGGUUGCUACUAUAAUCCGCAGCAACAUCACCAGAAUCAGCAUUGAUUCGCUGGGAAUGUUUUGAGGCAGCAAAUUUUCUUCCAUACUUUGAUUUUCUUCUCAUUUAUAAAUUUAUUCUCGAGUUUUCUCAUUUUCCAUCCAUAGAAAAUUUAUUGAAUUGCAGAGUCCAUGUGAUUGUUAUAGGUGAGUGGAAAAACAUGAUCCAGUUUGCAAUAAUGUAUUGUCUUGGUUCGAUGAUCCAUUCAUAAUCUAAGGAUGUAGGGAUUCUUCUCCGUUAACUUGGGAUCAAGAAUAGUAGAGGUUGACCAAUUCCUCGGCCUCUAUGUUAGAAUUUUUGUUUAGAGUGUAUUGGAUGAUGUACAAGUGGAGGAUGACUUAAUGAGUUACAGAAUAUGAUUUUGUCACCUGGAUAGGAUAGGAUUCCUGCAAGAAUUAUAUUUUUGUUAUGCCUUC